CGCCACUCGCGGACGCUUGGUUUUUCACAUUUAAAAAACCCCGGAAUUUUCCUCGAUUUUCGUCAUUCUAUCGGUCUCAAAAAAUCUCGCAACCCCCGUAAAUCGUUGUUUUGGGUUUUUGCCUGGGGCUGGAAGUCGAUUCGAGUGCAAUUAUCGAGCGGAAUCGGUGGAUUCUUGCGAGAAAGGACCAAAGCGGUCCUCGCGAUGAACUUUUGGCGUUAAAUCGACAUGGCGGUUGCAUUUGAACGUAACGGUCGUCAACGGUGACAAUUUAGUUUCUGCCAUUCAGUUGUCGUUCAAACGUGAGUCAUUGAAGGUUCGACCGUUUUUCGGAGUGAUUUAUCUAUUUUAGGUGGAUUUCUCAAGACAAUUAGGAGCACUUAGUGGACGAGAAGGAGAGGGGACGGAGUGAAAGCUGGCGAUUGAGGAGUUAUUGGAGAUUUUAGAGUUUUUUUGACAUGGAUCCUUUCACGCAACGAAUGUUAGAACGUGCGAAAGCGCGAAGAGAAAAGUUGGACACGAAAUUAUCGAAUGCAGGGCACAAUGUUCAGCCCAGGAGAAGUCCACUGAAGGACGCCAACGCCAUCAGCGCUUUACAAGCAACGAUAAUUUCAGAAACGAAAAUACCACAUAAAGAAAGGACACGUGAAUCAUCAGAUUCUGCAGUAAAUGUCAUUAAGACAGUUCGCAGGGUCUCUGAGGAGACAAACAAACGUGAUGUCAUCCCUGAUAAAGAAAAUGGGGAGAAUCAGCCUAAGAAUGUUAAAUCUAAGCUUCAGAGAUUGGGAAAAUUGUACUCAGAUGACAGUCGUGAGCUGAGUUCUCCCAUUCACCGAACAGAGGAAAAAUUCUCAGCAGAGGACGAUACAACAGAAAUAAAGCACCCAAAACGUGGAGCCAGAUUGGACAGACUGGCUGCCCUGGCAUCGGAGAUAAACAAUUGGGAGGACGACUUGUCCCAUCCAACUUUAGUGAAAAAAGGUGAGAGCAAAGCUGAGAAGAUCCAGGCAAAGAUGAACGAGCAGGUGAAGGCUGCACCUGACCCUCAACCCAGCACCAGUGGCUAUGGAAAAUGGAAGAGCAAUGCUAAUGCCAAGAAAACCGAUAGCCCCACGAGACAAAUGAAGUGGGAUAAAACUGUUCUAGAUAAUUUGGAGGCUCAAGGCUAUACCCGUACAAAAAGCAAUUCUCGCCUAGUGUAUGACUACAACGCUUGUUCCCAGGAAAAGGAAGGGUCUCCAAAGCGAGAGAUUCAACCGAGGAAAUCCUCCGGGGUAAGUUCAUCCGAAAAGAUCGCUUCACCCUCGACGAAGACGAAUGGUUCGCCAUCAGCGAGGACUCCAGAGACCUCCAAGAGCAUCACCAAUGGGAGAAGCAGGUUUGGUGGUUACAAUGGUUCCCCUAAAAGUACGGUACAGUCACCAGGUUCAGUUCUUAGCAAAGCCUCGUUGUUUGAAUCAAAAAGUUUAGCUAACAAGAUCAAGGAUCCCGCUGAGAUGACACUUUCGGAGAGGAUGGCACUAUUUGAGAAGAAUAAGGGAGAGGCGCUCAUUCCAAAGGCACCGUUGACACUGUCGGUUCCUGCGAAGAAGCUCAUGGAGAAGGAAAAAUCGUCGUCUAAUGUCAAUUCAGCUGUUUCAGACCCAUCAAAUCGUAAUGGCGCUGGAAAAACUGCAUUUGCAAAUCGUCAUUUUUUUGAACAAGGUCCCCCUAAACAAGAGCUGGAGAACGACAUCUUACGCGACAGUCAAGCAGAGAGGAAGAAGGAGUUGGAGAUGUUGAGAUCUCGUUUCAAUCAGAAUAAGGAAGUGGCUCAGGCAGCAGCUGGCUCCUGCAUUCGCAAAAAUUCAGAGUCCAAUACAUCUCCGAAAAAUUCACCGGUUUGCCCUGUGAAACCCACUCCGGCCACGGUAAACCAUGCUUCAAUGGAGCACGUGCCCCCGGCGCCUCCCCUCCCCUCCCCCAAGACGACGCCCCUCUCCUCCCGCGGGCCCCCCACAAAGCGUCAGCCCCCCAACUCGCCCCCUCAAUCCCACCCGUUGCCCCCGAAACCGAUCUUCACAAAUGUGAAGCGGAUCAAGGUAUCCCCCCCUAAACCCGGCCACCUCUACCCAGACCUGACGAACCUCGAGUCCUCCGAGACAGACACCACAGACACAGAAUACACCCUCGGCACAACAGAGCCGGAAACCGCGACCCUGGACGAAACCUCCGACGACGAUGACUCGACUUACGAAGGCAACACAAGCUUCGAAACGAGUAUUCUCCGUGCAGUGACUCAAAAUACCCCCAAGAAACGCACAAUCUCCCCUGACCUGGACUCCUCGACAUCGGACAUAUCAGUUUUAGACGAAAUGGACGAAUAUCUGGACGAGUGCUUGGCCCUCCAGGACUCAACCCCAGGUCCAACGCCUCCUAAGCAAAAUCGGGGAGUUGGGAGUCCCUCAAUGACCUCCACCAGCUUCAAGUACACCACUGGAUCAGCCCUGAGGUCGCCGUUGAAGGUGACACCCUCCCCAAAACGUAGAAACGAUCCCUACAUUGUCGAGGGCGACAGCAAGCUCCCCCUGAUGCAUUCGGUGAGCUUCUACCGCAGGCAGCAGUCUCAAACCCCGAAGACACCGGUGAGAACGGUCACCAGGGUGAUUGAUCAUGAACGGGAGUCGGAGGAUCACGAUUACAAUAAGCGAGAGGCACUCCUCGUCCAGGAGAAGCUCAAGCGCCUGAAGGACGAGGUGUGCAAGCAGAAUACGAUAAUAGGGCAGUCGAGUCAAGCCCUGAAUCUUUGUAAUGCAACGGUUGAGUUCAGCGGGUCCAGGGAGCAGGUCGAGGGGGAGAGGUUGCUCCUCAUGGCGACUCAUCGGCGUCAGGCGGCGCACAACGAGAUCCAGAGGCUCAAGGUCGAGGGUACAUUGAGACCCAGUGUACCUGGUGCUUCCGAAGUACAAGAAAGCGGAUCGCUCACAAUAUCCGCUGUCACUCUUCCCCUCAAGAAGGAUCAGAUCAGAAACAUGGAUGCGGAUGUUCGCCUUCACUUUUUGUGUCUCAUCAAGCACCUUGAUACGGUCAUCGCCACCCAGGUGGUGCAGGCAGAGCCCGGUGACUCGUGCAUUAGAUUUCCCUCGACACUGAAACUUGAGGAUCUUUACAGUGAUUUUAAGAUCAAUGUCGAGGUCUACUCGUUGGAGACGAGGGCUGAGAUACUUCCCCACGAGGUCAAGUAUCACAUUCAUGGGGGCCACUGUGGGGGUGGCAAUGCAAAGAAGGGGGUCAAGACCCCCAAGAAGUUCCUCAAACAGGAGAGCAGGCUGGUGAUGCCCUCGGUCCAGUCGCCAGCUGGACCCAAUGCUGUCAGGUCUCCGGCUUUCAUUCUGACGGGAUAUGUUGUGUUCAGUCUGAAGGAAGUUAGCAGGCAGCAGUUCACCCUGAACAAGGUACCCAGGAACUCGGUGCUGGAGGGAAAACUGCAGAUGCAUGUGGAAUGCGAGCUGUCUGUGUCGGUGGAGCACAGGGGCUUCUUGACCAUGUUCGAGGAUGUCUCUGGAUUUGGGGCCUGGCACAGGAGGUGGUGCCUGUUGAAGGGGGAUACACUCUCCUACUGGAAGUAUCCGGAUGACGAGAGGAAGAAAACACCCAUUGGGAGUCUGGAACUCCAGGGGGUGUCUACGGGGAGUGUCGGCCUGGUUUCCAGGGAUAUCUGCGCUAGGCCGCACACUUUCCUGCUGGAGACGGUCAGGGAGGCGCAGCCCGGGGAUGUGGAGAGUCUGACGGUGGUGAGGAGUGGAGCGUUGACGACUAUUAGACACUUAAUUUCCGCGGACACUAAGGAGGAGCGUCUUGAGUGGUGUUCGAAACUAAAUCAGACUCUCAACUUGAUCCGUGCCUGGGGGGGAAUGUCAUCAGCAGUCCCAUAAAUCAUCUCUCCGACGCAACACUUAAACAAUUACUGAUGAACUUUUGGUAGAUGAACACGAUUUUUAACGGAAAAUAAUAAAUUGAAAAACUUUAGCCUAAGACUUCCUUGAUUACGGUAAACAACAGAUCAAUGAUAAAUUACGAUCAUUUCUAUAUUCUUUGUCAUUGUCUUGUUCAAUUCACGAUGAGAAUUGCCACAUUACGAGCAAUUAUUGUAAAUAUAAAAAUCGUAGGAUUAAUUACCUUAUAUACGUAACAGUAUUUAUCGCAGAUUGUGUACACGUGUUGUAUCAGCGGUACGUUUAUUAACUAUAUAUGGCUAUAUAGAUAUCUAACAUUUUCUUACGAUUUUUUUCACGCUGCAUUUGUAUUCUUGUAUUGUAGUGAGAGACUAAAACAAUAAAUAUUGACGUACCUUUUA